UUGCUUUGCGCUUACGAGUUGUCAAAGUUGCCCUUGACGGAGUUCUUGCGACUGUUGCGCCAAAGGCUGAAUCUGGUUCACCUGGAGACGUUCCCAAUCUGCCAGGGAAGGUUUAUCUAUCAAUCCGGAGCAGAUGCACACCUGACCCGAAUACAUGGAAGCACACAAUGGGUAGAUGUUUUCUUUUCCCGGACAUUCAAUGGUUGCCCAGGCUUGGCUAGCUUGGAAAGACGACCAUAUACAGUACUUGGUCCUCACUACAGUUGUGGGCUGCACGUUGCUCAAAGUAGUGACAGUGUGGUUGGCGUCAGCCAUUGACGAGAUGAUUCUUUGUGGGGGGUAUUUAUUGGUAACCCUGGACGCUGCAUCUCCGCACCUUAUCAUUCUCCUUAUAACCUCGGCCUGCGCAGUCAUCAACGUUGGGUUAUUGUUUUAUCGGCCUGUCUUUGGCGCAAAGGCGGGUAUUCUGGACCCAAAAACGGGACAUAGACGGCUGUCUCCAGUUUUAUUGCUCGGUUGCAUAGAUCUGGGGCGUUUACGUUGGAUUUUUUUUCUUUUCUUUUUUUGGUUGCGGCGUUUUAUCUGCUGCAUGCAUAGUGUAGGCCGGCUAUAUGUGAGUCUUAAGAGGGUUGCUGGAUGGCAGGCCAGUCAUCGGCCUAUAUAAAGGCCAUGGAACACGACCUAACGUUAUGGUCACGAAAGUGUGUUUGGAUCUAAUGUGAGGAUAAUCUUUACAUGAAUAAACUCUCCC